GAACUACCUGUUCUGUGCUCUUGGCUGGAUGCUUUGGAGGAACAGUGUGUUUUGCAGAAGAAGAAGAGAGGGUGGGAGGGGGCACGGUUAUGUGGCUCAGUUUUCAAGGGCUGUUGUGUGGAAGUAAAAGCGUAAAAGCGAGGAUGUUCAGCAGGGGACCAGAGUUAAUAGUGGCAAGCUGAGAUGUGGGUGACAGGAAGCCUUUCUCUCUUUUUUUUUUCGUGUUACAACUUCUUCCCAGCAGCUCAAGAGGAUCAGACAUGAGAAAGUGUACUUUUUUGAUGGGUGUUGGUUUUUGUUAUGUAGAUGCACUUUUGAGUGAUUUGAGAACUUGUUUUAGUGGUGUGUGUGUGAGUGAACGACUGCAGUCGUGUGCACACGGAGCUGACGGUGUUGUCUUUCUCGCUGUGUAGGGGACCAUGGUUAUGUUGAAGAUCUCCUCUUUCCUCGUUGCCUACGCCCUGGUCAUUUGCCAGAUGUACUGCUCACAAGCCGCACCUGCCAGACCGGGUUUAGAGUCCAUGUCAGACCGAGUCACGCUCACGGACUAUGAGGCACGAAGGUUACUCAACGCCAUCGUCAAGGAGUUUGUGCAGAUGACAGCGGAGGAGCUGGAGCAGCAGGCAACUGAGGGAAACAGCAGCGUUACAGCACAGAAGCGAGCCUGCAACACGGCAACCUGCGUGACUCACCGCCUGGCGGACUUCCUCAGCCGGUCGGGAGGAAUGGGCAACAGCAACUUUGUCCCCACCAACGUCGGCGCCAAGGCCUUUGGAAGGCGGAGGAGAAAUGUCCAGAUGUGAGCCCUCCAAAACCUUCAGGAAACGAGGAUGAAACCCGACAAGAAAAUAUCAGAAAAAACCUGAGAACAAAAAUCAACAAAAACAAAACGGAACAGAAAAUAAACACAGAACUGGCCCUUUAUCCACUCCCUCACAUUCUUACAGAAUAAAAAAAAGACACGACUGGACUUCUCGUCCCCAUUUCCAUCCUGUUAGUGAAACCUUUAGCUUUUGGCAAAUAAGAGGAAAAAAAAAAAGAAAAAAGCACUUUAGUUUAUGUACAUGAACAAAUGAACUCCUGAAGAAAGAAAAAAAAAACAUCCUGAUGGUUCCUCUUUUUUAUACAUGAGUAUCAUUGGAAAAUAAAAUGAAAUCAGCAGUGGUUAUCACCUAAUUUUUCUUUUCUUUUCACCUCGUUAGAGCACAUUUAUUCCAUGCAACCCACCUCCCCUCCACAUUUGAGACCCAUACUCCUACAUUUUCCACAAUUCCCUUUCUUCCCAAGGGUACCCUGUUUCCCUGUGCGCCAGAGGGACGCCAUUAAAGAUCAGCCUACCCAAGGCCCCCCCACAACGGCUGUUGUCUUGUGCCUUGAUGUAGAACAAUUUACAUGAACACGAUUGUACAGCUCUGUUUCGAGACAAUAAAGAAGACCCAAGCGAGGAUGAAGAGAGCGAAGACAGAUUAAUAUUGUAAACAAUAUUGUGAAAACAAAUUUCAGCAAGAUUAAAAUGUAUUUUAGAUACACUCGGGUUUGGGGUACUUGUGUUGUUCUUCAAAAGGUUUUUAAGCAUUUAGGUGUAGAAAGAGGCUGAUCGAUUGAGAGGCUGAUUAUAUUAUGAAAAGCUUAUAUUUGUACAUCAAUGGCUGGAAUAUUGAUUUACAGUGUCCGUAAAUUAUAAAAUCGUAUGGCAUUAGUGAACCUUGUGAGGAGAGUGUUUUGUAGUUCAUUGAUUCUAAAUUUGACAAUAUCUCCCACUGACAGGUACACACCCACGUCCAGAACAUUUUUAGCUCACUUGUAUGAUUUGGGAAAAUACUGAAAAGCAAAUCCACAUUCUUACGGUCUACUGUUGCUCAUUUUGGGUCCGACAGUCUGCAGGUGUAAACUCAUCAGUUUCAUUGGGAGUUUUUUCUGAGUCACACCACAGUGGCAUGGAUAUGUUGAGAUACAUGAUGAUUCAAGAAAUAAAAACUGCAUGGGUAAUUGCUUAAUAAAAGGCAGCCAAACCUGCAGUCAGACUUGUUCUUCUUUAGCUCCACUGGAGGUAAAUACACACCACUCAGUUCAAUCAGAAACAGCAUGUAGUUCUGUUUGCAUUCAUUAGGUACUGGAAGCUUUAUUUUCCAUGCACAAGUGUCAACACAUUUCUGAGUCCGACG